CAUCCCGGAAGCCGCAGGCUGUGUUGAUCUGUGGCGGGUUCCUGGGUUCCUAAACCUGAAGUUUUAGUCGCUGUGGGAGCUGUAGAGGAGGAGUCGGGAAACGGCGAGGCAGGUUGAGGUGAUGGCACGCAGGCCUGCAGCCCGCAGCCACACUGAACCUUAGGCACCGGGGUGACUUACAGGGCGGGAAGAACAGUGGUGGCGUCUCUGUUCCCCGGGGAUCCAGGCACCUGAGUCGGCAAGUCCUUGCUAGAAAGCGCAGUCGCGGCUCUGUGUUUUUUGAGAGUGUACACGCGUGUCAGGCACCGCUUUGGGGGCCUUUUGCACAGAGAUGUCAUUUGUCAGAGUGAACCGUUAUAGUCCCCGGGGAGGCGGAAGAAAAACACUGAAAGUAAAGAAGAAGAAAACUGCAGUGAAACAAGAAUGGGAUAAUACUGUGAAUGAUCUGACAGUUCACCGGGCAACUCCUGAAGAUCUGGUACGUCGUCAUGAAAUCCACAAAUCAAAGAAUAGAGCAUUAGUACAUUGGGAAUUGCAAGAAAAAGCUCUGAAAAGAAAAUGGAGGAAACAGAAACCAGAAGCUUUGAAUCUUGAAAAAAGAAGAUUAUCUAUCAUGAAAGAGAUUCUUUCUGAUCAAUACCAGAUGCAGGAUGUAUUGGAGAAAUCUGAUCAUUUGAUGGCUGCAGCAAAAGAUCUAUUUGUUGAUGCUCCUCGUAGACGUACAGGGUUUCCAAAUAUAACAAUGGCUCCUGAUUCUGCACAGAGUCCCAUAGUGGUAAAUGAAGACCCUGUCACCCAGGCUCUUUUUAAUGAAUCUGCUAUAGAACCUCAGGCUCUUAAUGAAGUAGAGGAUGAAGGAGAAGAAGGAACUGUUGUUAGCCAGUCAGGAGAAAGCGAGAAUGAGUUGGAUAACUCCAUAAACUCUCACUCUAACACGGAUACAGACAGGUUUCUCCAUCAACUAAAGGAAGAGAAUUCUGAGUUAAUUAGUAAACUGUGGACUGAAAUUCAGGAGAAAAUAGCAACACAGUCACAAACAACCCCUCCAGGAACUCCAUCAUCUGCGCUUUUAUCAGAGCAACAAAGAGCUGCUCUGAAUGCUACCGAUGUUGUCAAGAGAAUCCAAACCAGGCUGCAACCUGGAGAAUGUACCGAAUCUCUAGACUCAAGUUAUGUUGUGAGACAAGUGCUGAACUCAAGGAAGCAAAAACAGCUAUUAAAUAAAGUGAAAAGAAAACCAGAUUUGCGUGCUCCUUCCAAGCAGAAGAAAAGCACAUCCUCUGCAGACUUACCAAGUAGCAGUAAUUGCAGCCUGGAUGUCCUCAAACUCAUGAUACAUGAAGUGGAACAUGAAAUGGAAGAAUACGAGCAGUGGACGGGACGGGAGGUUAAAAAGCUACAGAACAGUCAGGGUCUUACAGGCUUCACCUUGUCACUGGUGAGCUCCCUUUGCCGCCUCGUUCGGUACCUUAAAGAGAGUGAGCUCCAGCUACGUAAAGAAGUAGAAACAAGGCAGCAGUUGGAACAAGUAUUAGGUGAUCAUCGAGAGCUUAUCGAUGCUCUGACAGCUGAAAUUCUUCUUCUUAGAGAAGAAAAUACUACUACACAGGCGAGACUUCAGCAGUAUAUGGUCACAACAGAUGAGCAACUUAUAUCACUCACACAUGCCAUUAAGAACUGUCCUGUGAUAAAUAACAGUAGACAAGAAAGUCAGGCAUUCGAAAGGGGAACCACAGGUAGAAGAAUUAUGGGCAAUCCAGAGGGUCCAAUUGUAAAUGCUAAUGCCUCCGUGCCAUUCAGAGGGGAAGAAGUGGUUGAAUUCCCACAGGAAGAAGUGCCUGUUAAACUGUCUCAGGCGCCAAACCCCCCAGAUGGUGUGAAUCUAGCCAACAGUUUUCCAGCACAUAUUUUUGAGCCAGCUGUAUUGUUAACACCACCUAGACAGAAGAGCAACUCAGAAUUCUCUCCUGUGCAGGAUGUAUUGAGGAGGACUGUCCAAACUCGUCCUGCACCGCGGAUUCCUCCAACAGUGGAGAUAACUGAAAAGGAACAAAAUUGGAAAAAGAAGACCUUACGUAUUGAUACAGAUGGCCAGAAUUCAAAUGAAGAGAGUCAUCUCUUCACUCAGAGGUGGAGAGUCUCUCACAUGGGAGAAGAUUUGGAGAACAAAAAUCAGGUUCCAUUUGUUAACCUCUCGCAGCCUCUCUGCAAUUCCCAUUCCAGCACUCAGCAAUCAAGAAACCCCAUGUUCUCAGAAGAGCCCCCAGUACUGGGAGAUGGGCAACAGCUUAGAACAAAUGAGGCAUUAAUACAAAGAAAGGACAUAAUGACACGAAUUGCUGAGUUGACACUGCAAAAUUCAGCAAUCAAGUCACAUUUGAAUAAUAUUAUUGGGCCUGGAGGAGAGCAAGGGGAUGGACUCCAAGAACUGAACAAACAGGAAAGCACAGGUGGCCUCGCUGCCACUUUUCCAGUAGUGCAAUCUCUACCACCAAGUAUGGAGGAACGGAUUGCAGAAUUGAAUCGGCAGAGUGUGGAGGCUCGUGGAAAACUACUGCAGUUGAUAGAGCAGCAGAAACUUGUUGGUUUGAAUCCUUCUCCACCAGUGUCACCUGUCAGAGCAUGGACUGAAGGAGGAAAAAGGACAAUUGAGGUAUCUAUUCCAGCUGCAGAAGCCCCGGAGAGCUCAAAAUGCAGUAAUGUCUCUCCUGUCAGUGGAAUAAACACAAGAAGAUCUUCAGGGGCUACUAGUAAUUCUUUAUCUCCAUUAAAUGCCACCUCAGGAAGUGGGCCAUUCACACCUCUGAAUCCAAGAGCAAAGAUUGAGAAAGAAAAUGAAGAAGGCUGGUUUGCUCUUUCUACUCAUGUAUCAUAAGUGAAGUUGAGUUUUAUGGAGUUUGUUCUUAAUAAUUUAUUCUGAGCUUUCCACUCUCUGUGCUCCUGCUUUUAAGGGUUUUUUUUUUUUUUUUCCUUUCAGUUUUUGGCCGGGGCUGGGUUUAAAUCUGCCACCUCUGCAUAUGGGGCCGGCACCCUACUCCUUUGAUGCUUUUAAGUUUUUACAUCCUUCUUUCAGAUAAAACUUACUAAGAACAUGUGAAUUAGAACUAAUGGAAAAGAGGAAAAAAGGAAUUCUUUUAAUUUUUGACCUUUUCAAAUAUGUUUCAACAAUCAACCAAUCUACAUAAAUAUCUGAAUAAAAUUUUGACUGUAGAGAAAUUAAAGUUUUAUAUUCUAGUAACUUACUAAGUAUUUUAGGAUCUUUUUUGAGUAAUACAUUUUUACCUUUAUCACCUUUAUUCAGUUUUUUUGACUUACUAUAUCUUAAAUAUUGAUCCAUUUCUAUUUUUUUCUUGUAGAACUAAUUCACUUUGCAUAUAACUUAUAAUGAAAUGCCUCUGUGUGAUUAGUUCUGGCUUUCAGAAAAAUGUAAUGACUACUUUGGGUUUCUUUUUCAAUGGGAAAUUACUGCUGGCAAUCAUCUUUUCCAUCAAAUUGAAUAUAUGGCCUUAAAAAGUAGGCCUGGGAAUGUUUGUUUGUAUUUGCUUAUGCAGGUAAGAGAAGUUGUAUAUCUUACAAAAUUCUCCUGUAGUCUUUAAAUGUGAAAAUAUCAGCAGUAAUGAUAAUGCACAUCAAAUAAAUAAUGAUUAUAGAACUCAAAUCUCUAAAUGCAGCAGUAUUGAUUUAGUGAUUUAUUUACUGUUCAAACAAUUAAUAGAAAAAGUUGGUAUCAGUUUUCCCAACUCUGAAUUUAAGGAGAUCAUUCAGGAUAGUUUUUUAUUUUAUUAUUAUUAUUUUUUUCCUUCAAAGCUCCUGUUUGGUUCACAGGGGUUGCUUUCUAUUUUAAACUUUUUUUUUAAAUGAUCUCUGACUCUUGGUUCCAUGAUAGGAAUUCUCAAGCUGAGUGAGGUGGGAGUGGGGUAGGGAAACUUGCUUGGAGAAUUUUCCCUCUGCAGUUGUAAAUCACUGUUCUAGCAAGUGACCUGUGUAACUUUCACUUGGGCCUUUUCAUUUUUGUGGUUGCAACAAUAAAAUUAUUUCUUCUAUUGUCACUGACUUUAUUUAUGUGAAUUCAUUUGUAUUCAUUUGCAUUACUGCAGUUUCUUUCAUCGGUAUUACACUUUUGAAAGUUGAUAUUCAAUAAAUACUAUCCCUAUGUGGAA